AUGGUGCAUGACAGCAUUGGCCUUGAAUCACGAGAGGAUCAUUUGUCACGAACAGAUUCUGGUUCAACAUUAGUUCCAAAUACCUAUAAUGAGAUAUCGUUGGAUAAUAUUUGUGGAACAAUAUUGCACCAAUCAAAAAAGGAUGCAAUUGCAGUUAUUGAUGAACUGAACAAAAGGAUUGAAAUCUUGGAGAAGGAAAAGAAGAGCAUGGAGAAUGAAAUCUUGGAACUUCAUGAAGAAAAGCAAAAAACUCUUCAACAUCAAAUGGAGGAAAUUGAAAUUCUGAAGCGGGAACUUGAAGAGAAGGAUUUAUACAUCUCCAAAUUAUGCAAGAAAAAUGAAGCCCUUGAAAAACUCUACAAGCAGUAUGAGGAACAAGUUCAACAUUAUGAAACACAUAAGUUAACACAAAGAUAUAAUGUUGAAACGGAAAGACAAGUGCAUCAAGUGACACAGAAGGCCACAUUUGACACUAUAAAGGAACUGCGGGAAGAGAGAGAUCAGUUGGAGGGGGAAUUGAUAAACAUUAAAGUUCAUGAAGUGACACAACAAGUAAGGGCUGAAAAAGUGCUUCAAAUUUCAAAGAAGAAAAGUCCACCGUCAAAGUUUAAGAGAGUGAAAGAAAGAGAUGAUAGGAAGACAAAUUUCUGCGAGAACUAUGUGUGUGGAAAGUUAAAGAGGAAAAGUCCGCAAGUAGAGUUUGUUGAUGUAGACGACUUGCAAGAAACUUCUUUGGCAAAUCAAGUGCGAAAGCCAAAAAAGAAACUGAAGGACUUGAAGAAGUGCAAUACUGAGAUGUCAAAACUCAUUCGUGGAGAAACUUGGUUGGCAAUUGAACAACUUUGGAAGACAGGAAAUUCUAGUGCUGUAAUAUGGAGUUCCGAAGCUGACAUACUACACAUUGAAGUUGAAGACAUACAAAACCUGUUGUUUGAAGAUGCAAUAUCUAACCGGUGUCUAGAUGCAUAUGUAAAUGAGCUCAUGAAAAACCAUUCUGACGUUGUGCCGAAGUUUGACUUGAAUACUCCAAUACCGAAAUCAUUCAUCUUCAGCAGCUUCUUCCUGGACACGAUCCGAAACAAAGAGCAAAACAAAGUGAAGGCAAUGCUUGGAAAAGUAAUGAGAAAAUCUGUAGGGGCAAGAUUUCUUAUUUUUCCAAUACUCAUUCAAUUCCAUUGGACAUUGCUUGUUCUUGAUAAAGAUGAAGGACGUUGGAAGUUCUACAACUCUCUUAAACGUAAAAGUGCAAAAGAUGAACAUUGUAGUGCAACAAUACUCUUGAGACAAGUUGUUGCGGCAUAUGUCAACAUUGACCAAAGAGAACCCUGCAGAAGAAGUAUUACUGAUGAAGUGGAGAUUCAGCAAAACUGCCCCCAACAACCAAUGGGAAGGAAAGUAUUGUUUAUAGCUUUUUAUCCAAAAAAACUCCAAAUACUAUUAAUUCACAAUGUUAGUUCCCUAUCUUAAUUAACUGAAUUCUAAAUUCUUGCAGUGUUGAUUGUGCGAUUGUCGUCUUUUCGAUAAUCAAGAAGUAUCUAUCAAAUGAAGACCAAACAAGUAAAAUAACAAAAGAAAAAUGCAGGAAAAUCAGAGCAGACUUGAUACAUUCAUUCGUGCCCUGUUGAGUAUUCUAAUGGUGUAUUAAGUCUCCCUUGCCCAUUCCUUUUGACUUUUAAUUUUUGGAACUUGCAACUGUUAGCAAGGUUAAAAAGGUUUAAUUUCUUGAACUUUCAACUAUUAGCAUGUGUACUUCUGUUUCAAUGCAACUUUACCAAGGCUUAGUAAGGUUUCAAGUUC